UUUCCUCCAAUUACUUUCCCUCUUUCUUCCUUUUUCGUUAUCUUAAUCUCAAAUUAAUUUUCUGUUUUAUUUAAUUAACCCAUUCAUUACGUUAAUUGCAUAACUCCUUAUAAAUUAUAAUCCCUAUCCAUCCAAAUCCACCAUCACAAUCAUAAUCAUCACGAUUCGAUUCACAAUCACACCUUUUUCUUCUAUCACUACGCCAAUAAAAAAAAACAUGAGCACCACCAUAACUGAACUUGAACAAGAAGAAUUGCUUGAGAAAUUGGAAGUCUUCAAGAUCAAAGGCAGAGAUAAGCAUGGCCGCAAGAUCCUCCGCAUUAUCGGAAAAUUCUUCCCAGCGCGAUUGGUUAGCGUUGAGGUUCUGAAGAAGUUUUUGGAGGAGAGGAUUUUCCCGAAGCUAGGGAAGAAGAAAUUCGCUGUGUUGUAUAUUCACACCGGCGUUCAGAGGAGCGAGAAUUUUGCUGGAAUUUCUUCUCUCCGAUCGGUUUACGAUGCGAUUCCGGCGAACGUGAAGGAGAAUCUAGAAGCUGUUUAUUUUAUUCAUCCUGGUUUACAAGCUCGCCUUUUUCUCGCUACGUUUGGCCGUUUUCUCUUCAACGCUGGGUUGUACAGGAAGCUGAGGUACAUCAGCAGAAUUGGUUAUCUAUGGGAGAAUGUUAGGAGGACCGAAGUGGAGAUUCCGGAGUUCGUAUACGACCAUGAUGAAGAUUUGGAGUAUCGUCCGAUGAUGGAUUAUGGAUUAGAGAGUGAUCAUGCUAGGGUUUAUGGUACUGCUCCUGCACUAGAUUCGCCUGUGACUACUUACUCCAUGAGGUGUAUCUCGUAGGGUCUAGGAUUUGGGUUCACUGUAGCCGUUGGAUCGGAGUCAUUGGAUUAAGAUGAAAUGAUUUGUAUCUUAAGUUCAGUAAUGUGAAAUAUAGGCCGUUUGAUCUUUUUAUCCAAUACCACCGACUUCUUGAUUGCAUUGUGUUUUGACUGCAGUGAAUUCAAAUCUUUGUGUUUAGUAAAACAGAGCUUUCAAAUAGUUAUGGAGGGCCAUGGUUAUUGAGAUAUAAUGUGCAGAAAGAAAAAGAUGGAAACAAUAGUUCCAUUUUGUUUUCUUUAGGUCUUGUCAUGUUUUUUGUUUUCUUUUUUUUAGGUGCUGUCAACAUCUUGAUAUUAAUAGUUAUGGAAGGAUAUUUUCAUUUUUUUGUUGGAUAA